UAAUUCUUCAUCGUUCCUCAUUUCCUACUGACAUGGAGUCUAGCAGAGCGCUCACAUCCUUAGGACAAGGGAAUGAAGGUUUAAGCAUAUGCAGAAGAUGGGAGAGCAUAUGAGAGCACGAAGGAGGAGGCAGGGAAGCUUGGAAAGCCAGAUCCUACCUCAAUUGCGCAAAGAACAUAUUUGCAUACUAGCAAUGGAGCCUGUAACUCAUAAAAAGCUGGAACAAUGUUUAUCCAUUAUGAAUCAAGAAAAACUAGCAAAACUUCAAGCUCAGGUCCGGAUAGGUGGUAAGGGAACAGCCCGCAGAAAGAAGAAGGUUGUGCACAGAACGGCAACAGCAGAUGACAAGAAACUUCAGAGCUCCCUCAAGAAACUGGCAGUAAAUAACAUUGCUGGAAUUGAGGAGGUUAAUAUGAUUAAAGACGACGGCACAGUUAUCCACUUCAACAACCCCAAGGUUCAAGCUUCCCUCUCUGCCAACACAUUUGCAAUCACUGGUCAUGCAGAAGUCAAGCAGAUCACAGAAAUGCUCCCAGGUAUCCUAAGUCAACUGGGAGCCGACAGCCUCACAAGUCUCCGCAAGCUAGCCGAACAGUUCCCCCGCCAGGUAUUGGACAGUAAGGUGCCUAAACCAGAGGACAUAGAAGAGGAGGAUGAUGACGUCCCUGAACUUGUAGAGAAUUUUGAUGAAGCGUCGAAAAACGAAGCAAAUUGAAAUACCUGUUGCAAACUUUUGGAGGAUAACAUGGACUUGAUUUUAACAAAACAGAAUUGAAAAUCAGCUGUGUGGUUCCAAAGUUUUACCAUGAAACAUCACGUGUUAAUAGCUCCAUAAUAUAAAUAUUUUGUAUUUUAACAAUGCUACUGCAGCAUUUUUCUUGCUGUUUAUUUUGCGUUUUGCACUUUUCCUCCCAGGACUUGCCCCUCUUUCGGAGAGACUGGAAAAAAAUAAAAUAAACGCAACAUUUUGUGUUCGCUCUGCGGUGCCAUUCGGUGAGCAGAAAGCUCAAGUAACACGUUAUUUUCUUGUCCUCCGUCUCCCUUCAGUAGAAAUAAAACACUUGUUUCAAUGUU